AUGGAAGAGGCAACGGACCAGGGCAAGGACCCGCUACGGCUCAACCAUCAGCUGAAUUCGCUGGAGUCAGAAUUACAGCCACCCGUGGCUCGUAGCGCAGCUUCAACCUCGGGUGAUUCGCGUGCUGAAGAGAGCCAAUCAGGGUCCGCGGACUCCAGGUCCCAGUGGACGACGGCAGGAUCAGGCGACACCUCCACUAGUCAGGAGGAUCACAGCAAUGGCAGAUGCCGACCAUGUAUUUUCAAUCAGUCUCAAACAGGAUGUCCGAAGGGUGCUCGCUGCACCUAUUGUCAUCAGCUGCACCCUUUGAUCAUCCGGCGUUCCAAGCUCCGUCGUGGGCCAAGAGAGAGGAUCUCCAAGAGGAUUCUGCUCCUGUUCAACGUCGACGACCUGGAUCUUGCGCAAGAUGGACUUCAAGCAGAAGCACUCAGGAACCCAUAUGCCGCUGAGUUCAUUCGCAAUCAUUGGGACCAGCUUUCGGAGACAGGACCUGGAGUGAGUUGGAAGAUUUCCCUCUGA